AUGGGCAAGGAAGUUGAACCUUGUUCUGUUGAUGCUGCUGCUGAUGAAAUCUCACAACAAUCAGAAAGACGCAAGGGUGGCCUUAUCACCAUGCCUUUCAUCAUCGCAAAUGAGGCGUUUUCAAGUAUGGCCAGUGUGGGAAUAUCGCCAAACAUGAUUGUUUAUUUGAUGGGAAGUCACCGACUUCAUCUGGGAAAUGCUACUCAGAUUCUUCUCUUAUCUUCUGCAGCCAACAAUUUCACGCCUGUUAUUGGCGCCUUUCUUGUAGAUUCUUAUUUGGGUCGAUUCUUGGAGACUAUGCACAGUAGAUCAAGUAGAAGAACUAAAAGCCCUUGUAAGAGUAAUUCCGUUGUGGUCAACAGGGAUCAUGAUGUCCCUUGA